AUGAGUCAACCAACUCCAUGGCAGCCUUCUUCGUGGCAGCCCUCAAAGGGUACUCCCAUCCGACCUUGUGAACUGCCAUUCAAGAAAUGCCCCGAGGAAAAGGAAAUCACAACCGCCCUCGACCAGGUGGGGGACUUCCAAUCAUGGAAGCGCGGCGACAAAAACAAGCAGAAGGGGAUUAACGGCAGAUUGGAAGCCAUCGACAAAUUUAUUCACGACCUCGAGAUGAGUCGCCAGGAGGGCACCCUGAAAGAUUUCAAGCGUGACAACAUGCACCCUUCAUUUGCAUCCCUUCCCGAAGAUAAGUUCUGGGACGUGAUCAACACCAUUGCCAACCUACGUGCUUUGACCAUCAAUUACAUCCUUUCUCGCCGGGUCGCAGCUGUCAUCCUCACAGAGGAGGCUAUUCGCACGUUUCAAGAAAACGGCGGCUCACAUUGGCCGGCACGCCAUCAACAUAGCUACCGCCACAAACGCAUAGCCACUCAGGCGAUAGAGCAUUUCUGGGGGUUUCAGCACUCCGGCGACCCACUGCCAUAUUCUAAGGGUGCCAUUGUCAUCUCUGAAUAUGAUGGGUGGCACAACCUAAUCGAUGACAAGUUGGCCAACGUGGCCGCUGUCUACAGAAUGGAGACAGAGAAGCAGCCCGAGCUGGGCGACAACCCUGCGGGCGACGAGGAGAACGACGCCCCGGAAAAGACAGAGGACGACGCUGGAGCCACUGUCGCGAAUGAAGAGCCUACUAGUACUGCGAUGCCCAAGAACGAAGGCACCAAGGAUAAAGACACCAAGCAUGAUAACACCAAGCACGACAGCGCCCAGCACGACAGCGCCCAGCACGACAGCGCCCAGCACGACAGCGCCCAGCACGACAGCGCCCAGCACGACAGCGCCCAGCACGACAGCGCCCAGCACGACGGCACCAAAGAUGCUACCACAUCUAAGAACAGCCAUGGAAAGAACGCCGCGGCCAUGACUAAGAAAGAUACCAAGGGCGCUGCAAUGACCAAGAGUGGAAAUGCGAAGAACACUAAGACAGUUGAGAAGUCUGACGAAAGUGGCUCUGCAAUGAAUUUGAAAGAUGAUCGUAAUGACACUGCGGUCACUACGAAGAAAGAAGUUGCAGUGAAUCAGCAGCUGCAAGUGAUGCCAAAACUGAGCAGCCCCAAAUCGACCAGACCCAAACGAGCAGCGACAAUCUAA